GUUGCGGAGAUUCCUCCGCCUCGCUCCACCAGCGCCUAAUUCUAGCAUGACAACCAAACCAUUGGACCACGCAUCUUGCAGCAAUCCAGCAGCAGCAGCAGCAUGCCACACAACAACAACAACAACAACAACUGGGUACUAAUUUACUCCUCCCCAUCGCCGUCGUUGUCGUAGUGAUGCUGCCUCUGCUGCCCUUCACGUCCUUUGUCUCUCGCUUCGUUUGUGAGGAGGAGGUGGAGGAGGAGAAGAAGAAGGACCCUGGAUUUAGUCUUUGUGGUGGGGGUUGUUGUCGCCAUUCCGUAGCUGGCGCUGAGGUGGGUGAGAAUGAUGCGUGGCUGAUGACACGAAUUCUCGCCGUCUUUCAGAGCAAUUGAUCUCAAGGCUUGGUUCAAGAGCGUGUGUAUCCGAUGGAUGACGGGGAGCUGGAAUUCACAGACCAUGAUGUGUUCGCGGGCUGUAGCCUCUGCGACUUGCCAUCCACCCCAACCACAACUGGCUCUAUGGAGAGCUUCCUCGACGAGAUACUGAGAUCAACACAUGCCUGCACUCACACGCACACGUGCAAUCCACCCGGGCCGGACAACACCCACACACACACGUGCUACCACACACACACCCAUCUCUUUGCAGCGGGGGAGGAGGAAACUUCUGCCGACAAGUCCGAAACUCUGACCAGUGGCCACAACAGCAAGAAGCGACCUCUAGGUAACCGGGAAGCUGUGCGGAAGUACCGGGAGAAGAAGAAGGCUCACACUGCCUACCUUGAAGAGCAAGUCAACCAUCUCCGAGCUCUCAAUCAACAGCUUGUGAAGCGUCUUCAAGGGCAAGCUUCUCUCGAAAGCGAGGUUAUUCGGUUGCGGUCGAUUCUGUCAGAGUUUCGUGGUCGAAUUGACGCUGAGAUUGGCAGCUUCCCGGUCCAAGCAUCGAAGUGCCCUACCAGUACUGCACUCGUCGCAAAGACUGUUCCUAAUGGCGAGUGUGAAGUUCAGCCCCUCUCUGGUGGCUUCUGUCUCAACACAGUGUCAGUCCCGUGUGUUACUGAUGUUCCUUGUUUGCACACUUCAGCCUCUGGGACUUCCCUGUCGCGGCCUCCCAUGACGCCGAGUUCGGAACCAGCCAAAUGGCAUGGGAACAGCCCAACGUCGGAUUGCGUCCCUUCAGAUUCCACUGCCAUGCACAUGAGCUAAAGCGGGCUUGGAAAUCGAUUCAGGUUGACCCAAGACUUUGUCUUUACUAUUUGAAUGAUCCUCCAGAAGACAAAACUACGUUUCGUGUAGGGGUUCUCCUCAUCCGCAUUGUUUUUGUCCUUUACUGCCGCUGAAGGAUAGCAGUGGCACUUCGAAGUUCUUAGUAAUGAGCCGGGGGAUUCUUUAGAGAACCUCAAAUUUAGAAAGUAUUGGUCUUGAAGCAUUUAUUGAAUGAUUAAUCUACUCGCGAAUGUGCAGAGUAGCAGUUGGAAGAGUGUAGUCGGUAUAUCCAUUCAAUUGCUCCAGCGAUCUCUUGCUCGUGAGAUUAUGUACAUAACCAGUACGCGCUGUACUAUCCUCUGUGGUACCGACUAUAUUUUUUGAGAGGGCUUUUGCUUUCAGGUGCCUGGAUGCACUAAUUCCUCAAUUGAGUUGAAGCAUAUUUCGAGUUACGAUGUA